AUGCUGCCCUCACCAAGUCUCAAGACGGCCAUUGAUAAGAUGGAUAUUGAUGAGGAGCUCAAAGCUGUCCUCAAGGCCAUGCCAGAGCCUUUGAAGGACAGACAGGAGCCCUUAGCAGAGAAAUCAUUUUGCAACGCUGUGACAGGCAUCCAAAAGGCCGGUGUGGAGAUGGUCCAACGGAUGAUAAUGAGGGCGAUCUUUGAGCGCAAAAGGAAGGUCACGAAGGCGGAGGAAGAUUUGGCCAAGAGAGAAGCGGUGAAGGCCAGAGAGGCGAAGGCAUACGCCUAA